UUUCAUCUGAAUAACUUCCAAUUUUGUUUAUAGUAUUGUUGACGCCUAUGCCCAACUUAUAGAUCUCGUAGAUGUCGAAAAUAUUCGGAGUUAAUGGCACUACAUAAUGAUGUUUUUGAAUGUUGUGCCGGACGAUUCGUUUUUGAAAAACCAUGAUCAGCAAUAUUUCUUUAUGGCCCGAAAAGGAGUACACCUUGUAUCUGAUAGCAUCUUUUCUACGAAUUCAAAGAUGUAUCACAUUUUUUCUGAGAUAUAAAGAAAC